AUGGUGCUUAAGAUAAGGUCACUGAGUUUGUGGAUACUAAUAUGCGUCCAGGUGUUUUCUUUGGUGUUAGCUCAAGACGGUAAUCAGUUUGUGCACUAUAACUUCAGUAAAGCAGACCUGCAUCGUGAUGGCAUGGCAACUAUCGAUGACGGCCGAUUGCAUCUUACAAAUAACACAAAUAAGAGCACCGGCCAUGCUUUCCACAAGAUUCCAAUGAACUUCACAAGGUCAUCUCCCAGUUCACUUUCUUUUUCAACAGAAUUUGUCUUUGCGAUGUUUCCUUUGCAAGGCGACGGCCAGGGGCUAGCUUUUGUGGUAUCUCCUUCAAUGGACCUCAGGUAUAGUGGCGCUGCAACAUCAUACUUAGGGCUUUUCAAUAGGACAAAUGAUAAUAAAACUGAAAACCAUAUCUUGGCUGUAGAGCUUGACACCAAUCCAAGCUCUGAAGCGAUUGAAGAUAGCUAUAACCAUGUUGGGAUUGAUGUUAACAGUAUUGUCUCGGUGGAAUCUGCGGAUGCUAGUUACUUUAAUGAUACAUCCAGGAAGAACAUAAGCUUGCCUCUUGCUAGUGGAAAGAGUAUUCUGGUCUGGAUUGAUUAUGAUGGUUUAGAAAGGUUACUAAAUGUGACGUUAGCUCCAGUUCCAACAAAGCCAACUUCACCUCUCUUGUCAAGUUCCAUCAAACCAAGUGUGCCUCUCUUGUCAAAAUCCAUCAAUGUUUCAGAAAUAUUCAAUGAAACCAUGUUUGUAGGCUUCUCUGGAUCAACAGGCACAGUCAAAAGUGACCAAUAUAUCCUUGCAUGGAGUUUCAAGAAAGGUGGACAAGCAGAAAGCCUUGACAUUUCAAAGGUUUUGGAUCCCCCAAAUCCACCUCCACCACCACCAUCAUCUCCGCCGCCACCUACUCUGCCACCAACCUCUCCACCAAAGUCAAGGUCUAAAGGCUCUAGCCUUGCUUUAAUUCUAGGCACUACUAUAGCAGGAACUUUGCUAAUAGUACUAGGAGGAGUUUUGUAUCUUCUUUACAAGAAGAAGAAGUAUGCUGAGGUUCUUGAACAAUGGGAAAAGGAAUAUAGUCCCCAGAGGUACUCCUUCAGGAACCUAUACAAAGCAACCAAGGGUUUUAAGGAGAAUCAACUACUUGGAGCAGGAGGUUUUGGAAAAGUUUAUAAGGGAAUACUUCCCUCCGGUACACAAAUCGCUGUUAAGAGAGUCUACCAUGAUGCAGAGCAAGGGAUGAAACAGUAUGUCGCGGAGAUCGCUAGUAUGGGAAGACUAAGGCACAAGAACUUGGUUCAGCUCCUUGGCUACUGCAGAAGGAAAGGUGAACUGCUUUUGGUUUAUGAGUACAUGCCCAACAGAAGCCUAGAUAACUACUUGUUCAACAACCAAAACCUCACUUGGUCUCAGAGAUUGAACAUAAUCAAGGGAGUAGCAUCUGCGCUUUUGUAUCUUCAUGAAGACUGGGAACAAGUUGUGCUACACAGAGAUAUCAAAGCUAGCAACAUUCUUUUAGAUGCUGAUCUUAAUGGACGGUUGGGAGAUUUUGGGUUUGCAAGGUUCCAUGAUCGCGGCGAGAAUCUAGAAGCUACACGUGUGGUUGGAACCAUAGGCUACAUGGCUCCAGAGCUAACUGCAAUGGGUGUGACCACUACCUGGACUGAUGUAUAUGCCUUUGGAGCUUUUAUUCUCGAGGUGGUUUGCGGAAGAAGGCCAGUAGACCCUGAGAGACCCCCUGAGCAAAUGAUUCUACUUAAGUGGGUUGCUAUUUGUGGAAGCAGAGAUAGUUUAAUGGUUACUGUUGAUAGUAAACUUGAAGGAAACUUUAAAGCUGAAGAGGUCAAGAUGCUUUUGAAGCUAGGCAUGCUCUGUUCUCAGAGCAACCCAGAGAAUAGACCAAGCAUGAGACUUAUAGUACAAUAUCUCGAAGGAAAUGUCACUGUUCCGAGCAUAUCAUAUGAUACAUCUGGAUUUGGUAUGCCAAAUAUAAGCAAUGAAACGGUAACACAACAGCCUGGAACCUCCUCAUUAGCUAACUUCUCUUUUGAAGAUGUUACAGUCCUAUAUGGUGGUCGUUGAAGCCUGCAAGCAAA